GAUUGUUCCUAGUGUGUCGAUAUGUUUUCUCACUAACGGUGGCUCUCACAAGCGCGUUCAUCGUGCGUAUUGAGUGACCACUACUACUACUGCUGCUGUGUGUGCGUGUGACUGUGUGUUUUUAUUUUACCUUCGGAAGAGAAGUGAACCCAUCGCUGCGAUUGCGGAAACAAGCUUUCCGUGUCUGUCUCGUGGCGAACCGAGUUUUUCCACCGCGUUUUCAUCUCAGUUAUCGUUUGCUCUCGUUGCUAGACGAAAGUCGCUUCCCUCGCAGCAGGUACGUGCGUGCGUGAUCUCGACUAGAGCGUACCGCUUUUUUCGGUGUAAGAGAAUUUAAAUUGAAGAAAAAAAAACAAAAUGGCUGCUACAGCUGAAAUCAUCGCCGGGAGGUGUAUAAAUUAAUAGGCAAAUCCGUUGGGAACUUGCCUUUAAGCGGGAAAUUCAGUAUUGUGUCCCGUUCGGUGAGAGUGAAUGGGAAAGAUUUCUUUUAUUGCAGACGUAAAGACAGUGAGAGAGUAUGCUUAUUGAAAAAAAGCCAACCAUUUAGUGGUGUUAAUAUAAUGGAGGUGUAAUUAAUCGAAGGAUUGUGAGUUUAUGCUGCUACCAUAAGCCAGAAUAUUCUUCAAAUUACUCCAUUCCAUAUGGCACCAAUCAAUCUAACGCAACGUCUCAGCAGCACCAUCGGACGGACACGGACGACAAGGACGCAACGACCCAUUUCAAUCUGAAGUUGUCAGGUCACGCAUCGUCCGGGCUGUACCCAAAAAACCCCAACACCACACCGGUACCUACAGCUGAUGUGGCAAUCAAUCAUUUUAAAACCUGUGACCGGAACAUCGUACCCGAAUCCGGCAGAUUCGAAGUUUCGAGUAUGUAGCGCAACGGAUUAAAUCAUUACUGUGUGUGUGUGCUUGCGAACGUUCGUGUGUGAGCCGAUGUAAGAUCGUCCCUUUUUUGUUGUUGGUAAUCAAGUUUUAUAAACAGAAGUCGUAAAAAAAUCCUGCCAUUUGCUGCUCACAAAAAGCUACUUGCUACAUGGAGGGCAUGUCACAGCGGUUGACUUGCACGAUUUGAAGCUGAAACGAUUGGUGGCAAUAAAUGUCCAGCCAUGCCUGUCGGUGACAGAACCUGCGUCAAAGUUGUGGCUAUAGUGGUGACCGUGGUCGGUGGAGUGGUUUUUCCGUAUCGUCCCGUACCCGGUGGUUUGUGGCUGGGACAGUAAUUAGCUUAGAGAUUUAGUGUACAAGAAUUUGGAGGAGAAAUAAAAGUGCGCAAGAGGGAAAACGAGUGGGAAGCAAGCAUUGAAGAAGGCAAAAGAAAAGUCAACAUACAUAUCAGGGAGUGGUAAAGAGAAAGGGGAAGAAGUUGAAAACGAAGGUCAUUUGUGUGCACGUGCCCUAACGAUGUUAAACGUGUGCAUGCAUGAACUGUUACCAGCGGAAAUGAUGAAACGAAUGAAAGAUGAACAUUUACAUCGUACUGUCAAAUCGACAGGCGGAAGUGUAACUACUUGUUGGAAUUUAAUGCUGUCGCCAUAUGUGUGAGUGAAUGUAAACCGGUCGGAAGUCGGACCAUUCCAUCAUUCCGGACACUGCUGUUCCUGGUAGGUGUAUGGAUGGGCUAAUUCUUUCCAUGCUAGUAGACGAUAUCGGAGUAUCUCGACAGCAAGCGCACAACUCACCGCAUCUAGAGGAUCACUCAUCCACGGCAGUGUUGCCAGCUACGAUCGUAACGGAACGAUCUUCCAACGGUCGGGCUUCGUAUACAACACCUUCAACGCUCUUGGCCACGGUGGUAAGCGGCGGUACGAGUCUUGGGCCGGGCAGCAUACCGACCCCGUUCGCAGUGUUGCUGGCGCACAAUCAGACUACCGGUGACCAUGGCUUCGGCCACGGUUACACCGGAAGCGGUGGUACCGAGGUGGGUGAAGCAGGCGGUAGUGGAAGCGGCGAAACCAUCGUUGGUCCGGCCGCUUCGAUCGGGUUUGGUGGUGCGCUCGGUGUAUCCGUUACCGGUGGUACGACGGUAGCCACGAUCGUGUCCUCCACCCUGGCGAACGCCACCCUGUCCGAGCACGAGCUGGACCUGGACACGAUCCGCAAGGUGAUCAUCUGCAUCGUACUGUUAGCUGUGAUAUUCGGCACGAUCGUCGGCAACAUACUGGUGUGUGUGGCCGUGUGUCUAGUGCGGAAGCUGCGCCGACCCUGCAACUAUCUGCUGGUGUCACUUGCCGUGUCGGACCUGUGCGUUGCCUGCCUGGUAAUGCCACCCGCCCUGAUGUACGAGGUGCUGGGCGAGUGGAACUUUGGUCGCGUGUUCUGUGAUAUCUGGGUGUCGUUCGAUGUGCUGUCGUGUACCGCUUCCAUCCUCAAUCUGUGCGCCAUCUCCGUGGAUCGGUACUGGGCGAUAACGAAGCCGCUCGAGUACGGUGUGAAGCGAACACCGCGCCGUAUGAUGCUGUGUGUCGCACUCGUGUGGUUAGCGGCCGCAUGCAUCUCUCUGCCGCCGUUACUCAUUCUCGGCAACAAGCACACGAUCGGUGAAGGAUCCGAUCAGCGACCGUUCUGUGCGGUGUGCGAAGACGUCGGUUAUCAGAUCUAUGCGACGCUCGGUUCGUUCUACAUUCCGCUCGCCGUAAUGCUGUUCGUGUACUAUCAAAUCUUUCGUGCCGCCCGGCGAAUAGUGAAGGAUGAAAAGCGUGCCCAGACACGGUUGGAGAAUAGCUUGGCGGUGGAUAAACUGAGCGCCACCACCAAUGCAACCACGACGACGGCCAUGAGCUUGAAGCCGCCCGAUUCGAUCGUACCGGCGAUGGGUGCCGGUGCGGCCUUAGGUGUGGGCGGUGGAUCACCGCACCAGAAGAAGCUUCGCUUUCAGCUCGCGAAGGAACGGAAAGCAUCGACCACGCUCGGGAUCAUCAUGUCCGCGUUUACGAUCUGCUGGUUGCCGUUCUUCAUACUGGCGCUGGUGCGACCGCUCAUGGACGAUGAUUAUCCGACGCUGUCGUCGUUCUUCCUGUGGCUCGGGUACGCCAACUCGCUGCUCAAUCCCAUCAUUUAUGCGACGCUGAAUCGUGACUUCCGGAAACCGUUCCAGGAGAUCCUGUACUUCCGCUGCUCGAACCUAAACAUCCUGAUGCGGGAGGAUUUCUACCACAGCCAGUACGGUGAGCCCGGUUCGCAGCGGUUCGUGCUGGAAAAUGAAGGCCAGCACACGGCACGGGAAAGCUUUCUCUAACUCGUGUGUAUGUGGAUGGUGACGUCAACAGACCGGCCGGUAAUGGUUUGGUGCGUGAUGGGAAGAGAGGAAAAAAAACAGCUUUGCACGGCCCGUUUUGUGGUUUUGUCCAUUCGAAGGACGUAGGAUUGUUCCUCGCAAAAAGUGCUUUCACACGAACUGAAGAUGCUUUCCCCCUGUUGCGUACGGAUCACCCUUUGCUGGUUGUAGUUUUGGUAUGUUUUUUUUUCGUGUGUGUGUAUGUAUCUGUCCUAAUCCCGCCAUUGGGCCAUUCCUGAGCAGCUGUGGAUUAUGCGGGUGUGUGUGUGCGUUGGUUUAGUACGGAUGCUUCUAGCAGCCAUAGUAGUAUUAAAUGUUUUCAAGCACCUAACUGUAGCUGCUGCUGUACGUAAGAGAAGCGAAAAACUCGAUACGUUUAAAAAGAUAAGGCUAAACAGUGUAAGCGUAGCGUAGUACUUUACAAAUCAAACGAUGGCCCCUGUCAGUCAGGCAGAGGGUCAGAUGUCGUUAGGUUUCCAUGAGACAAUUAUUGGUGGAACUGUAUAGUAAUUAUUAAAUUAAUAAUUAUUCACCACCACACAUAUGUAGGUCGUCUAAAGGAAGGCAUAAUGGUAGCAAAUGGAAGAAUGAUUACAAAUAAUGCAAACAUAACACAAUGCACAACAAAACGAAGAGAAGAGAAAAGAAAACACAACAAAAGCCGAUACAAUCACGCUGUCUAAUUAGAAGGUAUGGUAAACCCAACAAUCCAAUCCAUUUAUAUAACCGUUUGGCACAAGCAGUAGUGAGCUUGGUCAUUACCAAAAAAAAAAAGUAAAACUAAACACACAUACACACAAAAAAGAUAGAACGUUUCAUUGUAAGGCAAAAACAUUUGAAGAUAAAGCAAGACACAAAUUUAGUUUAGUAGUAUACAUAUACUAGCGCACGUAGUAAACUAUUGGACUAGUUUUUUUUCCAAGGUAGCAAAUGUACGUAUUCGGCCGACUAUCUACAGAAUGAAGGUGGAACAGAUACUGUCCAAGCAGUGGGAUAGUUUGUUCUAGAUCUCAGACUCUAUCGAAUGAGUAGAAUUCGUUUGUUUCGUUGUGUAACAAUAGAUGUCCAGAAUUGAUUAAACUGUUUACCGCCUAAGUUCACCAUGAUAAAUCCAGAACACUUCGUUUAAUCGUGAGAUAUCACGAUUUAAAACUACUGGAAAUGAUGGCAUAUUUCUUCAUUUGCUAAUCACGUAAAAAAACGGAGCAAUAUACGUUAGGUAUCCUUGUUCCACUAUGAGACAAAAGUGUAUUACUACCAGUGAACAGAACAUAAGACUUUAAACGCGAACAAUUACUAAUAUCGUAAGCGCUCUGGAGCCGUAAUGGAGAAGGUGAGAUGCAUAUUUGAAGAAUUUACUCGUAAAACGAAAAAAACGAAAACUCUUUUAGUAUGUAAAUGUAAUGUUGUAAGUGAUAUACGAUCGAACUGUAUGUGUGUGUGUGCGUGUAUGUUUGGGAAAGGGUGUUAGAAGGGCAAGGUGUCUAGUGUUACACUGCUAGGCAUAUAUUUUCCGUAGGCUCUAAAGAAAGAAAGAAGGAAAACCGAAUGCGGCAUUCGGCCGCAGAUGUCCGUGUGUAGAAAGACCGAAAGGAGUAGGUGUUUUUUGUUUCGGUUUUUGAACGUGUAUACUAGAGUAAAAUGAUGGGCAGUAAAGCACACUCGUAAAGCUACAGGAACAACAAGCAGGUGUAUCAAUGGAAAGGAAAGCAAAACAAAAAAAACAAACCCCGAAACUAAGUCAAAUGCUGCACCAGCUGUGUAAGAUGAUGGAAAACAUUCGAUGCAUGUACUAUUUACAAAUUUUGCUCUCUACUACCUAUUACCACUUUAAGGCAUUGGGCGGGCAAAAAAACACCCCGCGCAUGUAAGCGUACGCACGCAAAAUCGAUUAUUUACAAGCAUGGCGGGCAUGAGUUGUUGCGUUGUUUUCGACUGUUUUUAUUGUUUUCUAUCGAUAAAUUAAAUAUCUCUUCUACAGAACGUAUUUAUAGCAAAACAUCUGACGUAGACUUACACUAAAAUGCGUGGUGCGAACCGUUUCGAACGCUACUCGUAUACCUUUAACUGAGCUUUUUUGGAAUAUGUUACCGGAAAACUAUUUUUACGAAGGGAAAUAAACCAGAGGCUCAAAAGAAGACGAAGAAGCAGAAAAAAGAAAUAACUGAACCAUUCUCCAAAUGUCAUCAAAUUCUCUCGAUAGAUGUAUGCUUCAGUAGGGAUGAAUGAUGUUAGGCGGUGUUAAGCGUAUAGCAGAAAAACCAUAUAAUCUGGCCGUGGUGCACUGACUUGGCAGAUAAAGAAAGGGCUAAUAGAAACACUAUUUCUGAAAUGCCGCAUCACCGAGAUCGCGUACAUUUGAAACAAAAGUCUGGUUGAUUUUAUACUGAAAUCUAUAAUUGCUCCUAUUGCUAAGAUGUGGCGUACGUGCAGUGGUAAAUAAAUAUCAACUAGAGGAAUA